AACUGUGGAUGGUUAGAAUUUGUUUUCAUUGACUGAAGUUGUAAAUUAUAAUGAGCAAUCUUCAGUGCAUGACCAAAUCCUCGUGUGUUCCCGGCUACCAAGAGAAGAGUACAAACUAGUGUUUGGUUACGAAUAUGCUUGCUUGCUAGGUCGUCCCUUUCUUCUUCUGAAUUUGUUAAACACCUGUUUGGUUAUCAGAGAGUUCAAUAUCUUGGAUUUGUUGGAAGGCUUGGUAGCAUGAGGAUAGGUUGUUGUUGGGUCAUCCUCUCUUACUCGACUCUCUGUUGGUUCUUUUUCAAUACUAUUAGUGUCUCAUAUGCUGUCGACACUCUUACUGUUGGCCAGGUAAUGAAAGACUGGGAUUACUUGGAAUCUCCAAACAAGCGCUAUUGAUUACACUUCUCAAGCCCAGACGGAUCCACCUCUCGCUACUUGGGAAUUCAACAUAUGGGUGUGUAUCCAUGGGUUAAUGUUAGAAUCCCCAUGCUAGUUUGGGUUGCCAACCGUGAUAAACCUAUAGCCGAUACCUCUGGAACUUUAAGCAUAUCCCAUGAUGGAAACCUGGUGCUUUCUAACUACAGUGGCAACUUCUACACCAUACUAAAUGCACAACACCCUGCCAUGAGCAGUAGUAACACGAGUGCAACUCUACUCAAUACGGGUAAUUUGGUUCUGAGAGCUGCGGGAAAACAUAUCGUGUGGCAAAGUUUUGAUUAUCCCUCUGAUACCUGGCUACCAGGCAUGAAAUUGGGAUUGUUUAAAUCCAGUACGGGUCAGUUAGAAAACCAGUUUCUCACUUCAUGGCUGAGUGAUCAAGUACCAGCUAUGGGGGCUUUUACUUUUGGCGUUGAUCCCAACAAUACAAAGCAGCUUGUAAUCUGGAAAAGAGGGGUCAUUUACUGGCGGAGUGGGAUGUGGAAUGGGUAUAACUUUACUUACUUUGCUCAGAGUUAUGAUAUACAAUUCAACUUCAGCUACUUCUCUAACGAGGGGCAGAGCUAUUUCACUUUUACAGUGAAUGAAAAUAAACAUAGUUAUUGGAUUGACCUACGCUCGGUUGGGAUAAUUGGGGCAGUUGGUAUAUCAAAAGAAUUGGGGAGCUUCCCAGACAUCAGUGAUGCACCAAUUUUCUGUCACCCUGGCCAAGUGAGAUUCAGGCCUAUUAAUCAGGGGUGUGUAGCCCCCGAGCCAUCCAACUGCACAACUGGAGACGCAUUCAUUAAGACAAUUAGUGUUGAACCAAAGUCAUAUGAUGAAAUGAUUUACGGAAUCAAUUACAGCCUAGGUAUCAGUGACUGCGAAGAUAUUUGUAGACGACACUGUUCUUGUAUAGCUUAUUCUUCUGGUAAACUGAGCGGGUGCAGCUUUUUUAGUGAUAUUGAGAAAUCUCCCUUUUCAACAUAUAUUCUUUACAUAAGGGCGGGCUUCAUGGUAGAGAAAGGUAAUUCGAAGAAGAGGCAGCUGUGGUUGGCUAUUGGUGGUGCAGUAGCUUUUUUCAUAGUCACCUUCUUGUUGUAUCUAUGGUGGAAAAAUCCCCACUUUCAAGGAAAUAAUGGAAGAAGUAAAGAUGAGACAAGUCAAGAUACUGAGUUGUUGUUGUAUGAACAAAAAACUGAAGCAGCAAUUAUUGAUGAUCAUGAGUUAAUUCUGUUCACUCUUCGUAGCAUAGAAAUCGCUACAGAUUACUUUUCUGACGCAAAUAAGCUUGGGCAGGGUGGUUUUGGGUCAGUUUAUAAGGGUAAGCUAGUUAAUGGAGAAGAAAUCGCUGUGAAAAGACUUUCUAUAAGUACCGGAGAAGGGUUAAGAGAGUUCAAGAAUGAGGUUAUAUUAAUCUCAAGGAUUCAACAUCGAAACCUUGUUAGACUUUUGGGUUAUUGCAGUCAAGGAGAUGAGAGGAUAUUAAUAUAUGAAUACUUGAAAAAUAAAAGCUUAGAUUCAUUUAUUUUUGAUAAAGCAACGCGAGCUUUACUGGACUGGAAAAUGCGUGUGAACAUCAUUGAAGGAAUUGCUCAAGGACUUCAAUAUCUCCACAAGUACUCUAGGUUAAGAAUCAUUCACAGGGAUCUAAAAACUAGCAACAUUUUGUUGGAUGAUAAUAUGAAUCCAAAAAUAUCUGACUUUGGCACUGCAAGAAUAUUUGGAGACAAUGAAGCUCAGGCAAACACAAAGAGAAUUGUUGGGACAUAUGGUUAUAUGUCUCCCGAGUAUGCUUUGGAUGGUCUAUUUUCGGUGAAGUCUGAUGUUUUUAGCUUUGGGGUCAUGAUGCUUGAGAUUAUAAGUGGGAAGAAGAAUACAGGUUUUUAUCAGCCUGAUCGUGUUUUGAAUUUAUUAGGAUAUGCUUGGGAUAUGUGGAACGAAGGAAGGGGAUUGGAGAUAAUGGAUGAAGUAUUAGUUGAAACAUGUACAAGUGAGGUUAUGAGAUACAUUGAAGUUGGUUUCUUGUGUGUUCAAGAAAGUGCAAUAGAUAGACCAACAAUUUCAGAAGUUUUGUCUAUGCUUAGUAAUGAAAGAUCCGCUAUACCUACUCCUAAGCAACCUGCUUUCUCUGCAAUCAUAGGUGUAAAUGAUGCCAAUAGACUUGAAAUUCCAAAGCCUUGCUCUAUAAAUGAUGUUACAAUUUCAGAAGUAAAAGGUCGAUGAUAUUAGUGAUUGCAAAACGGACAUUGCUUUUUAAACAAACUGAUCGUAAAUCUUGAAAGACAAUUGUUUCAUUAUGAUCUCAUAGCUGGUCUGUAAAUGAUUUGAAUGAAUAAUGGUCAGAUUAAUUGUCAUUAAUUAUUAAAUGAUGUUAUGGUAAUUUUAUGUGCACAAGAGAUUAGAUUCUUCCAUGAAAUUUGACUCUCUUUUUGUUUGGCAAAUAGACGAAUUAUUAAAAAACCAACACCAACUUAUUACCUAUUAAUGA